AUGGACAAAUCAACCAACUCUCAAAUUAUUCAGAACAAAACCAAGUCAACUGCCUUCACCCAAACAUCUAGAACAUCAAAGAUCAGCAAAGGAACCAUUUCUUCUCUAAGUUUUAAAAUUAAACUAUGUUGUGGAGUGCUAGAACUUGAUUGUAUGCGAUUACUGUCACUAAUCAGUUUAUUUAUUAAUAUUGCUGCCUUUAUUAUUGUUGCGGGAGUAACCAUUGACAUGUUUAAUAUAACUCAAAAUUCAUUCUCGAAAGUAUUGAUAGCAAGAGGUGAUGCUCUCAAUACCAAUGAAUUAAUGCUCGAUAUUGUUAGAGUUGGAGCUCUAUCUCGUAACAACUCUGAGGUUGACAAGUGGUAUGUCUAUAAAGAACAGAUGAUUGAUGCACUCGAUAGAUUCUUUGAAUAUGUUGAUCCAGUUGUUAAACUCUCAAAUUUCAAUAAUGGAAGUAAGAAUGGUGUUGACAUGUAUACAUUACCAUUGAUGGAAGAAAUUAUUAUAUUACUGAAACAGAACAAUUAUGAUAGAGCUUUUGAAUUGUAUCAGGGAGGAACUUAUCAGAACGCAACUACUACAUGGUACAAACAACAGUCAACUGUGUUUAAUUCUGUCAAGACAGAUUCCAGAGAUCAAGAUGAUUUGGUCUAUAAUUCAUCAACAGGUACUUUGAUAGUUGUUUGUGUUUCGUUGGCUGUUGUAAUUCCAAUUGUUAUCGUGAUGACCAUUUUGAAUAUUAGAAGAGAAUCAACUCUAACUGAAACUUUACAAAAUUCAAGAGUUAUUCAGUUAAUGGAUACAAUGAAUGAUUCAACCAUGUCCAAAUUUUUCAAACAAGCAUGUACUACAGAGAAAAAAACAGAUUCCUACUUCUUAUUGGCUGAAAUUAUGAAUUUCAAUAAGAUGAAAGAUGAGGCUGACAUGAAAACUCAAGCUAAUCAUAUCUAUCAAAAGUUUUUAGUGGAAAGAAAACAAUCAUUCAGGUAUAUCAACAAAGCUAUGGUUUCUAUUAUUGGAAAGGAAAUUCAAGAUGCAGAGGGAGGAGGUGUUUUCAAUGUUAGUCUUUUCAGAGAGAUGGAAUUAUGUGUUUGUUCAGAAUUAAUUCCAACUCAUAGAAUAUUUAUGAAAACUAUCAAGGGCAUGUAGAGAAUUACUAUUCAUUUUUGAUAAAUCCUUCAAAAUCAGUUCCAAUACUAAUGCAGUCACCAACAAUUGUUACCUUUUUGUCUUGAAUAAAGUCAAAGUGUGCAAUUGAAUUUGAUGAAUGAGGAUUGAUCAUUAAUUGCUUCAACUCUGUGGCGUCCAGAGCCUUAUUCAGGAUACAAACAUCUGAGAUUUUACCUCCUGAAAGUGUGUAACAAUUAGUUCUAUAAUUCAUAUCUGCUCCUGGCCACCUGUCACAUAAUCCACUUCCUAAUUGACCAUAAUAUAAGCGAUGUUCGUGAUGUGUAAAUUGAUUAGAUGUGCUUGAAUCUACCAUGAUUCCAUUAACAUAAAGCUUCUGUUCAUUCUUGUGUUUUGUGAGAGCCACGUGUUGCCAUUUACCAUUAGAUUUCAAAUCAGAAUAAACCAGAGCUCUAGCUCCCCAAAAUGUUGCUCUUAAGGCCAAAGAGUAGGUCAAAUAAAUAACUGGAACAAAAGCUGAGCCACUACUAAAGUCUUGAUUUUGUACUCCGAAAAGAACACCUCCAUUGCAAAUAUCAUCAAUCUUGAACCACAAACUCAAAGUUAUGGAACUACUAGUCACCAAGUCAGCCAUUGUCUUUAUAACUGAUCUGUCAAUUUUUGCAGCACCAAAUCCAUUAUCUGAUCCAAUCAAAUAUGCUGAUUUCGAUAACAAGGCCCUAGGUGUAAUCUUGAUCAUUUUUCCUCUAAAAUUUUGAAUAUUCUUUCUAAAUUUCAGCACUGAAGAUGAUUUCAGAGGAGAAUUGAUCAAUAUAUCGUCAUCAUCAACAUCAUCAAUUUUUUCAAUUAAUUUACAUUGAUCCGAUGUUACUUGAAUAGGACAAUGAUUAGAAGCAGCUCCGAACAUCCAGAAAUAAUUUUCAUUAAUUGACUGAGCAAUCGGAGCCCACAAACAAUCCAACGAAUCCUCAUCUUCCAUUAUCAAUUCAUGAAGUUUUCUAUUCACUUUAGAAAGCCU